AUGGAGACUGUGAACAAGUUGGUUUCUGAUAGACCAGUGGUGGUUUUCAGCAAGAAUAGUUGCUGUAUGAGCCACUCUAUCAAGACACUCUUGUGUGAUUUUGGAGUUAACCCGACGGUGUACGAGCUCGACGAGCUUCCUAGAGGGAAAGAGAUAGAACAAGCUCUUCUUCGGAUUGGUUGUAACCCUGCCGUACCUGCCGUGUUCAUUGGUGGGGAACUGGUCGGUGGCGCUAAUGAAGUCAUGAGUCUUCAUCUUAAGCGCAACCUGAUCCCAAUGCUUAGGAAGGCUGGUGCUUUAUGGGUUUAAACCUUCUUGCUCUCUAACUUGAUGUAACUUUGACAUAGCCAAGCUUUCCUAUAAUAUAUAUAUAUAAAUAGGCAGAAAUGGCACAGAGAGUUUACUUAAAAAGCUUUAUGUAAAGUCCUUUUUUGGUGACUUCAAUGUAAUCUAAUGUUUUGGUUUACCUAGUAAUAAAUAUUCUAUAUAAAUAUAAAAA